GAAGCUUCAGAGAGAAACAGUGUGUUCAACAGAGACUGAAGCUUCAGAGAGAAACAGUGUGUUCAACAGAGACUGAAGCUUCAGAGAAACAGUGUGUUCAACAGAGACUGAAGCUUCAGAGAGAAACAGUGUGUUCAACUGGAAGUGGUGAUUUAGUAAACAUGAGUGUUGUGCUGCUCUCGUUGGUGAAGCAGCGACUCACUGCGGCUGCUGAAGACAUCUUUGUUCUGUUUGAAAGAACGAUAGCAGAGUACGAGGAGGAACUGUCUCGUUCAAAACAGGAGAACGAGAGACACCGGAAAACUACUGGACGCUGUUUUACAGCCUCAGCUUCAGAUCCACAGAGCAGAGUCACCCUCCUCUUCUUCGACUACGGUCGGGAGCUGACAUGACAACGACGUCCAGCAGCUGGUGGUGGUUAAAGAAGAGGUUCCAUCUGAGCAGCAGGAGUGGAGCUCCAGUCUGGACCAGGAGGACCCAGAGCCCCCCCCCACACAUUAAAGAGGAACAGGAGGAACUCUGGAGCAGUCAGGAGGGAGAGCAGCUUCAAGGGCUGGAGGAGGCUGAUAUCAUCAAGUCCACAUUCACUCCUGUCCCUGUGAAGAGUGAAGAUGAUGAAGAGAAACCUCAGUCCUCUCAGCUUCAUCAAAGACAAACUGAACACCUGGAAACAGAAGCUGAUGGAGAGGACUGUGGAGGACCAGAACCAGCCAGGAACUCAGAUCCAGAGAGACAUUUACAACCAGAGAAUGAGGACAAUCCUGGAGACUCUAAUGAACCUGACACUGAAGACAGUGCUGAUUGGAAGGAGACCAGAGAACCAGGUUCAAACUCUCAGAGAAAUAAACAAGACCCUGUCAGUGAUUCAAGACGUAGUUUAGGAGAGAAACCAUUCGGCUGUUCAGUCUGUAAGAAAUCUUUUAAACAGAGUAGUCAUUUAAAGGAGCACAUAAGAAUCCACACAGGAGAGAAACCAUUCGGCUGCUCAGUCUGUAAGAAAUAUUUUAAAAACAGAGGAGAUUUAAAAUGCCACAUGAGAAUCCACACAGGAGAGAAACCAUUUAGCUGCUCAGUCUGUAAGAAAUCUUUUGCACAGAGAUCAGAUUUAAAGGGCCACAUUAGAAUCCACACAGGAGAGAAACCAUUCAGCUGCAGUGUUUGUGACAAAAGAUUCACCAGGAGUGGUCAUGUCAAAAGCCAUAAGUGUGUUGGCGCAAGACGUAGUGCAAGAGAGAAACCAUUCAGCUGCUCAGUCUGUGAGACAUCUUUUGCACAGAGAGGAAAUUUAAAGGCCCACAUGAGAUUCCACACAGGAGAGAAACCAUUUAGCUGCAGUGUUUGUGACAAAAGAUUUACACACAGUUAUCAGGUCAAAAGACAUAAGUGUGUUGGUCGUCAGUCCUCAGAGCUUCAUCAAACUCAAACUGAGGAGAACAGAGAGGCAGAGCCUCCAGCCAGCAGCUCAGCUGAACACAUGGAAACAGAAGCUGAUGGAGAGGACUGUGGAGGACCAGAACCAGCCAGGAACUCAGAUCCAGAGAGACAUUUACAACCAGAGACUGAGGACAACCCUGGAGACUUUUCUGAACCUGAAGACAGAGAAGACGAUGAUUUUUGGAAACAGAGCAGUGAAAGCCUGUCAGAUUUAAGCUUUUUGAAACAUACAUUUUUCCACAGUGGUGAAACAUUCAACAGCAAUCACCAGGGAGAGGAAUUGUUUACGGAAGGUGGAAAUCAAAACCAGCAUAGGCCGAACCAGGAGGACCCAGAGCCCAGAGAGACAUUUACAACCAGAGACUGAGGACAACCCUGGAGAUUCUUCUGAACCUGACACUGAAGACAGUGAUUAUUGUUAGGUUUAAACUCUCUGGGUAAGUCCCAGUAAGUCGUAUAUAAUGCGAUAACUAGACUGUUGUGAUAAAAAAAAUGUUUGGUCCAAGUAAAGAGAGGACUGUGGAGGACCAGAACCGGCAACAUUUAUAACCAGAGACUGAGGAGGUUUCCAUAUUGGGUUAUAUAAUUAAAACAAAAGUUUGACAUGGGUCUGUUUGUGUGUAUUCUCUUCUGCUUCUGUUGGUAUGAUAUAAAAGCACCAGAGAGGAAAACAGGUCUUAGGGUUCUUAACUGGGAAUCUCUCCAUAGAUCGUACUUACCCCUGUCAUCAUGAGGAAAUGCCUCUGGAGAUAUGCAGGGAGUUUUAACAAAAAGGAAAACAUGUAAAUUAAUAAUUAAUACCAGAGACUAAAACAUUGUAUAACUGUCACAUUGUAACCAGAUGAAAGUAGUUAUAGUCAUAACCUUUCCGUUGCAUUAGUAUGCAUAGCUAUGAUUUACGACCCCCUAAUAAACCUUUGAUGUCUGGUGUACUGACAGGUGUCUAAUAUUUGUUUGACGUGUGUUGACAGGUGUCUAAUAUUCACGUGUUUAUGGUGUCUGAUGUUUAUGAGGUUUUGUUUUAUGGUAUAUUAAAACGUUGAUGCCGAUCCUUUGAUGAGUGUAUGAUCACCUGUUGGCGUGGGAACUAAUAUGUAAUUGCUUUAUUAACUUUAAGGAAGUUGUGUGUUUUGGUUAUACUAAUUUAAAGAUCUCAAUGACUCAUUGAUCUUGUCUUUUUAUUGUUUAAUUACUUUAACUAUAAGGAAGCCCCUUUGAAGUUGUGUUUGGGUAAUAAUUGAAAGAGCUUUUUUAUUGUUUAAUUUAACUGUAAAACAAUAUCUUUGUAUUGAAUAGUUUGAUCUUAAAUGUUCUGUGAGUAGCUCUGCAGCUGUCUUGAAUAAAAUGUUAAAUGUUUUUGAUGUCACAUC